AUGGAUUUACUUCGACCACAGCCAGUUGGAGAAUCAUAUGGUGCCAAGGUGUCGGCCAGUCUUGAAGAAAAUCCAUUGCCUACCUUUCCGUCAGUAGACCAAAAAUCCAAGGGCCGCUUCGAGACAGAGGCCGCAGACCUUACCGUCGUCGGGGAGAUCCCCAAGCAACUCCAAGGCACUUUUUACCGUAUCCUUGUAGAUCCUUUCUACGAACCACCAGCGGAGAACCCGCCGAUUGAGGGUGACGGCAACGUUUGCGCCUUCCGAAUUCAGGAUGGCCGUGUUGACAUGAAAAUGCGGUAUGUUGACACGGAGCGGUUACGUCUCGAGCGACAAGCCAAGAAACGCCUGUUCGGCCUUUACCGCAACCCCUUUUCUCACCACCCAUGCGUUCGAGCAGCCAUCGAUUCUACCGCCAACACAAAUUUGGUCUACUGGGCGGGCAAAUUGAUGGCCUUGAAGGAAUCUGCCUUGCCCUACGAGAUUGACGUAGACACUCUUGAAACAAUCGGUUAUGAUCCUUUCAAAUCACCAGGUUUAACCUUCUCUGCACAUCCAAAAGUCGACCCAUACAGCAACGAGUUGGUGGUGUUUGGAUACGAAGCCAAAGGCCUGUGCACCGAUGACAUAGUCAUCUAUGCCCUGGACAAGGAAGGGCAAGUUCACGAUGAGCAGUGGAUCAAGUCUCCGUGGCUAGCCUUCAUUCAUGACUCCGCCAUUACCCCCAACUUUAUCAUUUUGGUUCUAUGGCCGUAUGAUGCUGAAGAAGCUCAGAUGAAAGCUGGCGGUCAUCACUGGAGAUACAACAAAGAUCGACCGGCGACUUUUAUAGUUGUGCCACGACGAAAUUCUAGUCGCUUGCCCAAAGGCUGGUCACCUGGUGAAUACCGCGUGUACCACUGGGAGCACGCCAUGCUCCUACACACUGCUGGCGCCUGGGAAGAGUGGGUAGAGAACGAUAGUGGCGACGUUGAAAUUUCCCUGGAAUCAUCGCGAAUGAUGUACCAUCCCUUUCCCAUGUUUGACCCAACGCCUAGUGAAAUUCCCUUCGGCAACAUGGAGGCUGACUAUGUCCGUUGGACCUUGGAUCUUACCAAACCCAGCGGGGCAAAGAUUGAUGAGCCUAAAAUCAUCGUCAACAUGCCUGGCGAGAUGGCACGCAUUGACGAGCGGUUUCUAACACACCCUUACAACCACAUAUUUUUGCCUGUUGUGGUGCCAGGUAAAUCUUCUCAUGUACCGCCUCUAGUACCCCUCGGGCUGAACGGUUACAUUCUUGUCGAUAAAAAAGGAAACCGCAAGGGGAAAGAUGUCCUUUAUGACCCAGGGCCGAACUGCACAGUUGAGGAGCCCAUCUUUAUACCGCGGUCGCUGGGUGCGCCGGAAGGUGAUGGUUGGGUUCUGGGAAUGGUACAGCGCGUCGACAUCGACCGAAGUGAGCUGGUCGUCCUGGACACCGCCAAUUUCGAUAACCCGGUUGCCGCAGUCCAGCUACCGUUCAUGACUAAAGGGCAGGUUCACGGGAACUGGGUGGAAGGCGGGUUGGAGAUGAAGAGCUUAGUUAGGAAUUUUUGA